AUGAGUCUCGUCGAGUGGAUUAUGAAGUGGAAGUUGUUGUUACAGACAAACAAGAAAGAAAUGAGGUCAGUGGUUUGUCUAAGCUCCUUUAUCUGCUGGCACAUUUGGCUAGCGCGCAACAAUUGGUUUUUUAGCCAAGAUCAGCCUUCCCCAAUCGACACGACCAGUCUUGCAGUUAGAGCCUUCAACGAAUUUUGGAAUGCAACAGGGGUUCCCUCCACAAUCAGUCUGCCGGCAUUAUCUAUGCAGUCGUGCCCUCGCUGGUGCCCCCUUGGUGAAGGCAGAGUUAAACUGAAAACUGAUGCUUCGUUGGGCUCUGAAGGUCACCGCAGUGGAAUUGGUUUCAUAAUUCGAUCCUUGGAGGGCCAAUGCUUGCUCGCAGCUUCUGCCCCAAUAAUGUUUUCCUCCAUUAUUCAAGGAGAGGCCCUAGCCAUUCGCUCUGUUCUGCUUCACGCCAUUGGAGAGAGUUUUGACAACAUCAUAGUAGAAACUGACAAUCAAGCGCUGACCCACUGUCUUCAGCGAACUACCAAGCACCCUCCAACAGAAAUUGUGCCUAUAUUGGAGGAUAUACAGCACCUGAGCACUUACUUUCUGCAUGUCUCAUUUCAGUUUAUUCCUAGGAGUAUCAACCAUGUUGCUGAUACACUAGCCCGGAAGGCCUUAUCACUUGAGGAGGUGAUGUUAUGGCCUAUUUCCACUCCAUGGAUUGUUCAACUUUGUAAUUUGGACUCCAUGAGUUCCUCUUCUCAAUAG